AGUAGACAAAGAUGCACACGUGCCUGUUUGUCGGAAGGCACGUGAGGUGAUCCCAAGACAAGACUCUUUCUCUUCUUCUUCUUCUUCUUCCCAAAAGUCGUCUCUUUCGAUUCAUCGAACUCAAUCUGCGGAUUACGAAACCCCCUGUAUCCCCCACCCGGAUUACGAUUCAAUCUCGUGAAUUUUCUCUUGUUUUUAGGGUUCAGAUGAUGAUCACAAAGCGCUAGAGAGAUUAAUCUACCGAUUCAAGAUUUAGAUUACUGCGAUAAAUGUCGCGAUUCGCUCGUGGGGUCGUGGAGAAUUCAUCGAUGGAGGAACCCGAAACGCCUCCUCUUCGUCGUCGUCGUCCGAGUAUUUGUUUCAGGCCGAUAAACCCUUCUGAUUUAGAACGUCUUGAGCAGAUCCAUCGCGACUUGUUCCCAAUCAGGUAUGAGUCUGAGUUUUUUCAGAAUGUUGUGAAUGGAGGUGAUAUCGUUUCGUGGGCUGCUGUUGAUCGGAGCCGUCCUGAUGGUUACUCUGAGGAGCUUAUUGGAUUUGUUACUGCUAAGUUCGUGCUUGCCACAGAAAGUGAAAUAUCAGAUCUAAUAAGAUAUGACUCGUCCAAGGGAGAGGAGACUUUGGUGUAUAUCCUAACACUCGGAGUUGUAGAAACCUACAGAAAACUCGGAGUAGCUAAGUCACUAAUUAAGGAAGUCAUCAAAUACGCUUCUAGUAUCCCCGUGUGCCGUGGUGUUUACCUUCAUGUGAUUGCACACAACAACCCCGCAAUCAGAUUGUACAAAAGAAUGUCUUUCAGAUGUGUACGGAGGCUACACGGAUUCUACCUAAUCAACGGCCAGCAUUUCGAUUCUUACUUGUUCGUCUACUUUGUCAACGGUUCUCGCUCUCCUUGCUCACCCUUAGAUCUUGUGGUGUUGGUUCUGAACUAUGUGAGGAGCGGGAUCAAAGUAGUGGCAUCAAAGCUGACAAUGAAGCAGGAAGAGAAAGGCUUGAAAGGUGUUAAAUGCAAAGACAACACGCGGUGUCUAUUGCCAACUCAGACCAAAAGAAACCUUGCAUCAUCCGAAAGAGUAUCAUCAGGGUACGAUUACGUUUAGUGUUUUUUAAACUUAAUUCAUUGUCCAUGUCUUCAUAUGAUCCUUAAUAAUUUAAUGUAAUAAAAAUGUAAAUAUUGUGAAUGAUGUAGUCGAAAAAACUUAAUCUUUUGGAGAAAUGAGGUGAUACGAUCAUGUUUAUUAUUA